CAAGCUCAUGCCCUAACCAUCCAUCAUCGUGACAUAUAUAUAAGCUUUAAGCGGCCGCGCGUUUCACACAGUGCUGCUAAAAGUCCAUGUUGUUAGACUCUUCCAAAUAUAAAUGAUCCUUUUAUUUUAUUGUCGCAGCUGCAUUCAAAUAUACAGAUUGGUUUGGCCUGCAAUCUCUCUCUCUCUCUCUCUCUGUCUCUACAUAUAUACAUGGUUAUGAAAUUGUUGUUGAACAGUAUUGGGGUUGAUCAUGAGGCUGCAGAGAUUAAUGAUGAUGAAAAGCUCUGAGAGAAAUGGUUCGAGGCAGUACAAAAAGUCUCACCUUCCACGCCUGCGGUGGACACCUGAGCUUCACCGACGCUUUGUCGCAGCUGUUGAUCGCCUUGGUGGCAAAUUCCGGGCGACGCCCAAGCGCAUCCUGCAAGCGAUGGGCGUAAGGGGGCUGAAGAUAUCUCAUGUCAAAAGCCACCUGCAGAUGUACAGAUGCGCGAAGGGUGGUGCAGCCAUGAAUGUGGAGCUUGUACCCUUGGAGCACUUGUAUACAGCUGCUGCUGGUAGCAAAUUGCAGGACAUUGCAGAUGGUGACCAUCAUUACGAUCCACUUCCAGGAGUAGUGUUCUCCAUUUGCCCUCCAGCUUGCAGGCCAGCGUUGAGCCCAGAAUUUGGAGGCCAAUUAGUUCCAUCAUGCAAUGAAACAAGCAGUGAGAUCAUUACCCCUACAGUCAGUGAACAUUUCUGCGACACUGAACAUCUUCUGCAGGGUGGACAGGGAAGUGCAGUACUACUGGGUGAAGUGUCAAAGGAGAAGGAAGAAGAAGAUGAUGAAGACGAUGAUGUUGUUGAAGGAGCAGAGACACAAAAUAAUGGGGUUUCUUCUUCAGCCAUCUCAGCAGCAGCAGCAGCAGGAUGUGAACAACAAAGAUCGGAGACGAAACUAUCACACCAUUUUAACGACCAUGAAUCAACCCCAACAACAAGGGAUUUCUUAAACCCUUCGAGCUCAGGCUUCCACAGUAGUCGGAUUAACUUGGAUUUGACCAUCUCCACCUGCUUCUCAUUCAACUCUAUUUAAUCUAUUCUAUGUUAUAUUAUAUUUAUCCCCUUGUCGGAAAGUGCUUGUAUUAAUGUUAUACAUUAGUAUUUAAUGAACCACCACCAGCUAUAACACUUGUUAUUAUUACAAAACAUCAUUUGUUUAUUAUUGGCAAAAGCUAAAACAUUCUUGA